CACACAACACAACAGCAGUGACUGCCCCACCAGGACCUGCUCUGUAUCUGCUACAUGCUGGAGACUCCACACUGGCUCCGCCUACUCCAGACUAGUCACAUGGCUGGUCACAUGGUCAUGACAUCAUCACAGGUCCUUUAGCUGCCUAGGAAAUAGCAUCUACCGUAAGUACCCGGCUCCUCUACAGAUACAGGUAGGUGUGUGCGAUCACAACCAGCACAGCAGAGUCCUGCAUACACUGAGCAGAUGAGCCUAGAGCAGCAGCCCCUGAUCAUGUGACUCCUCCUCCUCCAUGUGACUGAUCACAUGACGGUAACAUCAUCGCAGGUUUCUCCAAUCCAGGAUCCUCUGCUGAUAUCUUCUAUAUAAGAGAAUUCUCCUGGAUGACCCAUCAACCAUGGAGAGAGACAGGAACAAGAUGGCCGACAGGAUCAUAAACCUCACCCUACAGAUACUCUUCCGGCUUACUGGAGAGGAUUACACAGUAGUGAAGAAGUCCUCUAGUGGGCGCUGUCGGGCCCCUGUGUGUGAAGGAUGGGGAAGAUCGCUGAUCCCAAUCCCGGGGCCCCCACCUCACUCCCUGAUACAUGAGGAAAUGGAUGAACAGAAGAUCCGAGAACUCAUCAACAAGAUGAUGGAGCUGCUGACUGGAGAGGUUCCUAUAAGGUGUCAGGACGUGGCGGUCUAUUUCUCCAUGGAGGAGUGGGAGUAUGUAGAAGGACACAAGGAUCAGUACAAGGAUCAGGUCAUGAUGGAGGAUCAGCAGCCCCUCACAUCACCAGUCACAUCCAGUAAGAGAACAGCACCAGAGAGGUGUCCCCGUCCUCCUGAUGAACAGAAUAUGGAGGACAUUACUACAGGGAAUGAUUUGAUUUAUAUUAAUGCUACAGACAUAAAGGAAGAAGAAGAGACUGAUGUGAGCGGUAAUGAGCAGUAUAAGGAGUACAUUCCUGCAGGGAAAGAUCUGAUCAAUAUUAAUGCUACAGACAUAAAGAAAGAAGAAGAGACAGAUGUGAGCGGUGAUGAGCAGUAUAAGGAGAACAUUCCUACAGAGAAAGAUCUGAUCUAUAUUAAUGCUACAGACAUAAAGAAAGAAGAAGAGACAGAUGUGAGCGGUGAUGAGCAGUAUAAGGAGAACAUUCCUACAGAGAAAGAUCUGAUCUAUAUUAAUGCUACAGACAUUAAGGAAGAAGAAGAGACAGAUGUGAGCGGUGAUGAGCAGUGUAAGGAGGACAUUCCCACUGAGAAAGAUCUGAUCUAUAUUAAUGCUACAGACAUAAUAGUAAAAGAAGAAGAAGAGAUAGAUGUGAGCGGUGAUGAGCAGUAUAAGGAGGACAUUCCUGCAGGGAAAGAUCUGAUCUAUAUUAAUGCUCCAGACAUAAUAGUAAAAGUAGAAGAAGAGACAGAUGUGAGCGGUGAUGAGCAGUAUAAGGAGGACAUUCCUACAGGAAACCGCCCAGAUUCUUGUAGCAGGAGAUCAGAGGAGAAUCUUAUAUCUUCAGAUUAUAAAGCAGAUGAUGAUAUCACACAAGAUACAUAUGAAGAACAUUCCAUUAUCCCAGAUACACCCUCAGCCCUUCACAGCCAAGAUCUGUCAUCUCAUCCUUAUAUACAGGUCCUGUCUUCUCAGUCAUCACAGGAGGUUCAGCAAAAUAAAGAGAAGCUAUUUUCAUGUCCAGAAUGUGAUAAAUGUUUUACUCGGAAACCAGACUUUGUUAGACAUCAAAAAACUCACACAGGGGAGAAGCCAUUUUCAUGUUCAGAAUGUGGGAAAUGUUUUACUUUUAAAUCAGGUCUUGUUGUACAUCAAAGAACUCACACCGGGGAGAAGCCAUUUUCAUGCUCAGAAUGUGGGAAAUGUUUUACUUUUAAAUCACAUCUUGUUGUACAUCAAAGAACUCACACAGGGGAGAAGCCAUUUUCAUGCUCAGAAUGUGGGAAAUGUUUUACUUCUAAAUCACUUCUUGUUGUUCAUCAAAGAACUCACACAGAGGAGAAGCCAUUUUCAUGUUCAGAAUGUGGGAAAUGUUUUGCUCAGAAAUCAGAUCUUGUUAAACAUCAAAGAACUCACACAGGGGUGAAGCCCUUUUCAUGUUCAAAAUGUGGGAAAUGUUUUACUGAUCAAACAAGUCAUAUUCAGCAUCAAAGAACUCACACAGGAGAGAAGCCAUUUUUAUGUUUAGAAUGUGGGAAAUGUUUUACUCACAAAUCAGACCUUGUUGCACAUCAAAAAACUCACACUGGAGAGAAGCCAUUUUCAUGUUCAGAAUGUGGGAAAUGUUUUAUUCAUAAAUCAAGUCUUGUUCAACAUCAAAGAACUCACACAGGAGAGAAGCCAUUUUCAUGCUCAGAAUGUAGAAAAUGUUUUACUCAGCAAUCACAUCUUGUUAAACAUCAAAGAACUCACACAGGGGAGAAGCCAUUUUCAUGCUCAGAAUGUAGAAAAUGUUUUACUCAGCAAUCACAUCUUGUUAAACAUCAACGAGCUCAUACAGGAAAGAAAUCAUAUUCAUGCUCAGAUUGUGGGAAAUGUUUUACUAAGAAAUCACAACUUGUUCAACAUCUAAGAACUCACACAGGAGAGAAGCCGUUUUCAUGUUCAGAAUGUGGGAAAUGUUUUAAUCAGAAAUCAAGUCUUUUUAGACAUCAAAAAAGAACUCACACAGGGGAGAAGCCAUAUUCAUGCUCAGAAUGUGGGAAAUGUUUUCCGGAGAAAUCACAUCUUGUUCAACAUCAAAGAACUCACACAGGGGAGAAGCCAUUUUCAUGUUCAGAAUGUGGGAAAUGUUUUAAUCAGAAAUCAAGUCUUUUUAGACAUCAAAGAACUCACACAGGGGAGAAGCCAUUUUCAUGUGCAGAAUGUGAAAAAUGUUAUACUGCAAAAUCAAAGCUUGUUCAACAUCAAAGAACUCACACAGGGGAGAAGCCAUUUUCAUGUUCAGAAUGUGGAAAAUGUUUUAUUGUGAAAUCAAAUCUUGUUAAACAUCAACGAGCUCAUACAGGAAAGAAACCAUUUUCAUGCUCAGAAUGUGGGAAAUGUUUUACAUUUAAAUCAGUUCUUGUUGUACAUCAAAGAACUCACACAGGAGAGAAGCCAUUUUCAUGUUCAGAAUGUGAAAAAUGUUUUAAUCGGAAAUCACAUCUUGUUCAACAUCAAAGAACUCACACAGGGGAGAAAACAUUUUCAUGUUCAGAAUGUGGAAAAUGUUGUACUCAGAAAUCAGAUCUUAUAAAACAUCAAAGAGCUCACACAGGGGAGAAGCCAUUUUCAUGUGUAGAAUGUGAUAAAUGUUUUAUUAAGAAAUCAUAUCUUUUUGUACAUCAAAGAACUCACACAGGAGAGAAGCCAUUUUCAUGUUCAGAAUGUGAAAAAAGUUUUAAUCGGAAAUCACACCUUGUUCAACAUCAAAGAACUCACACAGGGGAACAAACCUUUUCAUGUUCAGAAUGUGAAAAAUGUUAUACUCAGAAAUCAGCUCUUAUAAAACAUCAAAGAACUCACACAGGGGAGAAGCCAUUUUCAUGUUCAGAAUGUGGGAAAUGUUUUACUCAGCAAUCAAAUCUUGUUAAUCAUGAACGAAUUCACACAGGAGAGAAGCCAUUUUCAUGUGUAGAAUGUGAGAAAUGUUUUACUAAGAAAUCAUAUCUUGUUGUACAUCAAAGAACUCACACAGGAGUGAAGCCAUUUUCCUGUUCAGAAUGUGGAAAAUGUUUUGCUCAGAAAUCAGAUCUUGUUAAACAUCAAAGAACUCACACAGGGGUGAAGCCCUUUUCAUGUGCAGAAUGUGGGAAAUGUUUUACUGAUCAAACAAGUCUUAUUCAACAUCAAAGAACUCACACAGGAGAGAAGCCAUUUGUAUGUGUAGAAUGUGAGAAAUGUUUUACUUGUCAAUCAAAUCUUCUUAAACAUCAGAAAACUCACACAGGGGAGAAGCCAUAUUCAUGCUCAUAAUGUGGGAAAUGUUUUAUUUAGAAAUCAACACCUAUUAGAUAUCUAAGAAUUCCUACAGGAGAGAAGCCAAUUCAGAGCAAUAAAUGAUGCAGAUAACACAUCUAUAUAUUAUCCAUGUACAUAGGAUAUCUGACAUUUAUACAUAUAUCAUAUACUGCAUCUCCAAACUUGUUCCCAAUUGUUAAUAAAAGUUUUCUUUUAGGACGUAGUCACCGAUCCAGCGAUGUCAUCACUAUAG